GACAAAUUUGUUUUAUUAGUGUCGGAUGCCCUUGACAUUUUGAUUAUUUGCAAAGUACACAUGAACCCCUCCACGCCUGAUUACGUUCCGUCGGUAUUGACGAGCGACGUCUGUAAUGAGGCCGAGUUUAUCUUCAACACACUGCAGAACAAAGAGAAAUUGGUCUCCUUUCUUGACUGCGCGACGAUUUUGCGGGGAAUGGGCAUGAAUCCCAACCAAACUGAUAUGGAGCGAUUAAAGUCACUCAUGACGGAGCCGAUUCUACGCCUGGAGCAGUGGCGUCGCGAAGAGGAGUUGAAACGGGAAAAGGAGCGGCGCCGCGAAGAGGCCAGGGAGCGCAAGGGUGGACUCAUGAAGUCGGUUUCAAAGCCCAAUUCGACGCGUAAAUCGAUUGUCGAGAAAGCAAUUGAGGCCUCGACCGAGAAUGAGAAACAGGUUAAAAUAGUACCCGUGGAGGAGCUAAAAAAUAUUGAUUGGAAUAUAUUUAUUUCAUGUACUGAAGAGAUCUACCGCGAUUCUUUAGUGGAGGAGAAACAAGUGUUUGAUGCGUUAAAGGUAUUUGCCGAGAGGGACAGUUCGCCAAAAUUGAUGAUGUCACAAGAAAAGCUGGUUAAAGCGCUCAUUUCUAAUGGCGAUAAUGUUUUAACACCCGUCGAAAUCAAGCAAUUGAAGUCUCUCCUUCCAGAGCAAUGUGAUAUAGUAGAGCUAGCCAAACGUAUCCAGGGUACCUACGUCGCGCCAACACAAGAUGAGCUAAAUCGUAUAGCCCUGGAGCAAGCAAAAACUUUUCAAAUUAAGGAAGACAACAAAAAAGGUGCUUUGUCUGAAAUGAAUGAUCCACUAUAUGGUAUUUAGAUAUUUUAUAUUGUAUUAGGCUUUAUAUAUGAACCAUCACCUUUAUAAUUCCUUAUAUGUAUUUUAAGCAUUUAUUGUCUUUCAAAUCUAUUUUCCACUCAUCUA